AUGGACCGUGUGGGAGCUGAGGACGUGGUUGACGCGGUAGAGACCUGGGGCACUAGGGUAGGCGAGGUCCGAUGCUCGCUUUUUCCUUCCUCUCUCUCUAUCUGGGUGCCGCUACAUAUCUUGCAUGGCAGAGGCCAGAGGGUGGGUGGUGGAGGAGUGUCAGUGGAAGAGCAUAAGAAGCUACAAGCCGUGAGUGGCAGGGUGCAAGCGAAGAUUGAUCAUAGAGUGGGGGGCGGGCAUGCAGGUGCGCGCCAUGUUCUCGUUGACUAG